CCCGUGCAAUCCCUGCUUAAGAGACCCCGGAGUGGGGCACUCGCCCGAAGCCAGGCCGCGUCCGCCAUAGUGCCUGGCCUGGAGGUGUCGCCGACGCCUGGUGAGGGCCCCAGAGCGGCAGGGGGGCAAAACAAAAAGGGAGCCAGCGAAGCCCUUGCCGCUGCCCGGCGGUUUCCGGGCGUGUUCUCGCGGUCUUGGGCCUAAAGCCGACGGGAGCGAAAGGCGAGAGAAGCGCGGAGGAUCCGGCGAGAGGAAACGUCAGGGAUCCUCGGCGGUGUCCCCGGGGUCCGCCAAAGCCACCCGGCCGCUGGCUGGGGCCCGGGGUGGUGAGGAAGUGCUUCGAGGCCUAGUGAGGCCUAGUACCGGCUUUGUGUCUGAGGCGGCGGCGGCGGCGGCGGCGGCGGGGGGGAGGCGGAGCCGGAGCCGAGUGCGGCCUGCGGAAAGGCCUCUCCUCCGCCGACCGCGCGUUUUCGGCCUAGGCCGCGGGGUCGCUCGCGGCCUCCGGGGAGCAGGCGAAAGGGGUUUGUGUGUGGUGGGGGCCUGGGCCUGGGGAAGCUGACGCCGGUCGUCCGGAAGCCAGGAGGAGGCGAGAGGCCGCUCGUGGACUCCGGGCCUAGGCCCUCUCCCCUCAACCUUCUCCCGGGGCCUGGGUCACCCCAAUCCACGGAAAAAGAGACCAACUGGGAGGUGCGGCCGCGCUAUGGACCCCUGACCCCGUGGGGUCAAUCGGACUCUUAACGUGUGGACUGACCGCUACUGACUGCACCGCCUGUCCCCCGUCUCCUGCUGGCCCUUAGCAUGAGCGAGGGGGACCCAGCCGGGUGACAUUGUGCCCGUUGGCGGAUUCUCGAUUUCCCCACUUCCCCGUCCUUGUCCUCCUCCUCCCACAUGAAGUGAUUCUGAGUAUCUGGGGGGUUCCGGAUUAUUGUUCUUACGAACCCCUGCUUGUGGUUGGGGGGUAUUUAAUCUGAGGCCUUAGGGUCCUUCAGUGUCUUUGAGUGUUUUGUGUGUGUACAUAUUUUGCUCUUAAGUUUAUAAAUAUACAUAUAUUGAGAGUGUCCACGUCUCCUCGCUGAACCUUAGGAAUCCUUUGGCACCAUGUCCUGUGUGCAUUAUAAAUUUUCCUCUAAACUCAACUAUGAUACCGUCACCUUUGAUGGGCUCCACAUCUCCCUCUGCGACUUAAAGAAGCAGAUUAUGGGGAGAGAGAAGCUGAAAGCUGCCGACUGCGACCUGCAGAUCACCAACGCGCAGACGAAAGAAGAAUAUACUGAUGAUAACGCUCUAAUUCCUAAGAAUUCAUCUGUAAUUGUUAGAAGAAUUCCCAUUGGAGGUGUUAAAUCUACAAGCAAGACAUAUGUUAUAAGUCGAACUGAACCAGUGAUGGCAACUACAAAAGCAAUUGAUGACUCUUCUGCAUCAAUUUCUCUGGCCCAGCUUACAAAGACUGCCAAUCUGGCUGAAGCCAAUGCUUCUGAAGAAGAUAAAAUUAAAGCAAUGAUGUCGCAAUCUGGCCAUGAAUACGACCCAAUCAAUUACAUGAAGAAACCUCUAGGUCCACCACCUCCAUCUUAUACCUGUUUCCGCUGUGGUAAACCUGGCCAUUAUAUUAAGAAUUGCCCAACAAACGGGGAUAAAAACUUUGAAUCUGGUCCUAGGAUUAAAAAAAGCACUGGAAUUCCCAGAAGUUUCAUGAUGGAAGUAAAAGAUCCUAAUAUGAAAGGUGCAAUGCUUACCAACACUGGAAAAUAUGCAAUACCAACUAUUGAUGCAGAAGCGUAUGCAAUUGGGAAGAAAGAAAAACCACCCUUCCUACCAGAGGAGCCAUCUUCUUCCUCAGAAGAAGAUGAUCCUAUCCCAGAUGAAUUGUUGUGUCUCAUCUGCAAAGAUAUUAUGACUGAUGCCGUUGUCAUUCCCUGCUGUGGAAACAGUUACUGUGAUGAAUGUAUAAGAACAGCACUUCUGGAAUCAGAUGAACAUACAUGUCCAACAUGUCAUCAAAAUGAUGUCUCUCCUGAUGCUUUAAUUGCCAAUAAAUUUUUACGACAGGCUGUUAAUAACUUUAAAAAUGAAACUGGUUAUACAAAAAGACUACGAAAACAGUUACCUCCACCACUACCCCCAAUACCACCUCCUAGACCACUCAUUCAGCGGAAUCUACAACCUCUGAUGAGAUCUCCAAUAUCAAGGCAACAAGAUCCUCUGAUGAUUCCAGUGACAUCUUCAUCAACUCACUCAACUCCUUCUAUAUCUUCAUUAUCGUCUAAUCAGUCUUCCUUGGCCCCUCCUGUGCCUGGAAAUCCAUCUUCUACCCCAGCUCCUGUACCGGAUAUAACUGCAACAGUAUCCAUAUCAGUCCAUUCAGAAAAAUCAGAUGGACCUUUUCGAGAUUCUGAUAAUAAGAUGUUGCCAGCUGCAGCUCUCGCAUCAGAACACCCAAAAACGUCCUCAAUUGCAAUUACUGCUCUUAUGGAAGAGAAGGGCUACCAGGUGCCUGUACUUGGAACCCCAUCUUUGCUUGGACAGUCGUUACUGCACGGACAGUUGAUCCCCACAACUGGUCCAGUAAGAAUAAAUACUGCUCGUCCAGGUGGUGGUCGACCAGGUUGGGAACAUUCAAAUAAGCUUGGCUAUCUGGUUUCUCCACCACAACAAAUUAGAAGAGGGGAGAGGAGCUGCUACAGAAGUAUAAACCGCGGGCGACACCACAGCGAAAGAUCACAGAGGACUCAAGGCCCAUCACUACCAGCAACUCCAGUCUUUGUACCUGUUCCGCCACCUCCUUUGUAUCCACCUCCUCCCCAUACACUUCCUCUCCCUCCAGGUGUGCCUCCCCCACAGUUUUCUCCUCAGUUUCCUCCUGGCCAGCCACCACCUGCUGGGUAUAGUGUCCCUCCUCCAGGGUUUCCUCCAGCUCCUGCCAAUUUAUCAACACCUUGGGUGUCAUCAGGAGUCCAGACAGCUCACUCAAAUACCAUCCCAACAACACAAGCACCACCUUUGUCCAGGGAAGAAUUCUAUAGAGAGCAACGACGACUAAAAGAAGAGGAAAAGAAAAAGUCCAAGCUAGAUGAGUUUACAAAUGAUUUUGCUAAGGAAUUGAUGGAAUACAAAAAGAUUCAAAAGGAGCGUAGGCGCUCAUUUUCCAGGUCUAAAUCUCCCUAUAGUGGAUCCUCAUAUUCAAGAAGUUCAUAUACUUACUCUAAAUCAAGAUCUGGUUCCACACGUUCACGCUCUUAUUCUCGAUCAUUCAGCCGCUCACAUUCUCGUUCCUAUUCACGAUCUCCUCCAUACCCCAGAAGAGGCAGAGGCAAGAGUCGGAAUUACCGCUCACGGUCUAGAUCUCAUGGAUAUCAUCGAUCUAGGUCAAGGUCACCCCCAUAUAGACGCUAUCAUUCACGAUCAAGAUCUCCUCAGGCGUUUCGGGGACAGUCUCCUAAUAAACGUAAUGUUCCUCAAGGGGAAACAGAACGUGAAUAUUUUAAUAGAUAUAGAGAAGUUCCGCCACCUUACGACAUGAAAGCUUAUUAUGGGAGGAGUGUUGACUUUAGAGACCCAUUUGAAAAAGAGCGUUACCGAGAAUGGGAGAGAAAAUAUAGAGAGUGGUAUGAAAAAUAUUAUAAAGGUUAUGCUGCUGGCGCACAGCCUAGACCCUCAGCAAACAGAGAGAACUUUUCUCCAGAGAGAUUUUUACCACUUAAUAUCAGGAACUCUCCCUUCACGAGAGGCCGCAGAGAAGAUUAUGUUGGGGGGCAAAGUCAUAGAAGUCGAAACAUUGGCAACUAUCCAGAAAAGCUUUCAACAAGAGAUGGCCACAAUCAGAAGGAUAAUACAAAGUCAAAAGAGAAGGAGACUGAAAAUGCUCCAGGAGAUGCUAAAGGAAAUAAGCAUAAGAAACAUAGAAAAAGAAGAAAAGGAGAAGAAAGUGAAGGUUUUCUGAACCCAGAGUUAUUAGAAACUUCUAGGAAAUCAAGAGAACCAACAGGCGUUGAAGAGAAUAAAGCAGACUCAUUGUUUGUCCUCCCAAGUAGAGAUGAUGCUACACCUGUUAGAGAUGAACCAAUGGAUGCAGAAUCCAUCACUUUUAAAUCAGUGUCUGAUAAAGACAAGAGAGAAAAAGAUAAACCAAAAGCAAAAGGUGACAAGACCAAACGGAAAAAUGAUGGAUCUGCUGUGUCCAAAAAAGAAAAUGUUGUAAAACCUGCUAAAGGACUCCAAGAAAAACAAGAUGGAGAACGUGAAAAAUCUCCUCGAUCUGAACCUCCACUUAAAAAAGCCAAAGAGGAGACUCCAAAGACUGACAAUUCUAAAUCAUCAUCUUCCUCUCAGAAAGAUGAAAAGGUCAUUGGAACCCCGAGAAAAGCUCACUCUAAAUCAGCAAAAGAACACCAAGAGACAAAACCACUCAAAGAAGAAAAAGUAAAGAAGGACUAUUCCAAAGAUGUCAAAUCAGAAAAGCUAACUAAUAAGGAAGAAAAGGCCAAGAAACCUAAUGAGAAAAAUAAACCACUUGAUAACAAAGGAGAAAAAAGAAAAAGAAAAACUGAAGAAAAAAAUAUAGAUAAAGAUUUUGAGUCAUCUUCAAUGAAAAUCUCUAAACUAGAAGUAACUGAAAUAGUGAAACCAUCACCAAAGCGCAAAAUGGAACCUGAUAUUGAAAAGUUGGAUAGAACCCCUGAAAAAGACAAAAUCUCAUCAACUGCUCCAGCCAAAAAAAUCAAACUCAACAGAGAAACGGGAAAAAAAAUUGGAAGUACAGAAAACAUACCUAAUACAAAAGAGCCUUCUGAAAAAUUGGAAUCAACAUCUAGCAAAGUUAAACAAGAAAAAGUCAAAGGAAAGGUCAGACGGAAAGUAACCGGGACUGAAGGCUCCAGCUCAACUCUUGUGGAUUAUACCAGCACGAGCUCAACUGGAGGCAGUCCUGUGCGGAAAUCUGAAGAAAAAACAGAUACAAAACGAACUGUCAUUAAAACUAUGGAAGAAUAUAAUAAUGACAAUACAGCUCCUGCUGAAGAUGUUAUUAUUAUGAUUCAGGUUCCUCAAUCCAAAUGGGAUAAAGAUGACUUUGAAUCUGAAGAAGAAGAUGUUAAAUCCACACAGCCUAUAUCAAAUGUAGGAAAACCUGCUAGUGUUAUAAAAAAUGUUAGUACUAAGCCAUCAAAUGCACUCAAAUAUACUGAGAAAGAAAGUGAGCCAUCAGAGAAAAUUCAGAAAUUCACUAAGGAAGUGAGCCAUGAAAUAAUACAGCAUGAGGUCAAAAGUUCAAAAAACCCUGCAUCAAGUGAAAAAGGGAAAACCAAAGAUCGAGAUCAUUCAGUAUUGGAAAAGGAAAACCUUGAAAAGAGGAAGAACAGCACUCAGCUAGAGAAAGAUAAUUUGGACCGUCUGAAUGAACAAGGAAAUUUCAAAAGUCUGUCUCAGUCUUCCAAAGAGACUAGAACUUCAGAUAAGCAUGAUUCCCUUCGUGGUUCCUCAAAUAAAGACUUUACUCCCAGUAGAGACAAAAAAACUGACUAUGACAGCAGAGAGUAUUCAAGUUCCAAACGUAGAGAUGAAAGGAAUGAAUUAACAAGAAGAAAAGAUUCUCCUUCUCGGAAUAAAGAUUCUGCAUCUGGACAGAAAAAUAAGCCGAGGGAAGAGAGAGAUUUGCCUAAAAAAGGAACAGGAGAUUCCAAAAAAAGUAAUUCUAGUCCCUCAAGAGACAAAAAGCCUCACGAUCACAAAGCCACUUACGACACUAAACGCUCAAAUGAAGAGACAAAAUCUAUAGAUAAAAAUCCUUGCAAGGAUCGGGAAAAGCACGUAUUAGAAGCAAAGAACAAUAAAGAGUCAGGUGGCAAUAAAUUACUUUACAUACUUAACCCACCAGAGACACAGAUUGAAAAAGAGCCAAUUACUGGGCAAAUUGACAAGAAUGCUGUCAAACCUAAACCCCAGUUAAGUCAUUGCUCUCGACUUUCCUCUGACUUAGCUAGAGAAACUGAUGAAGCUGCCUUUGAACCAGACUAUAAUGAAAGUGACAGUGAAAGUAAUGUGUCUGUAAAAGAAGAGGAAACUUCAGGAAACAUUUCUAAGGACCCGAAAGAUAAAAUAAUGGAGAAAGCAAAAGAGAGCCUGGACACAACAACAGUUGUUGGCCAGGUGGGCAUAAGCAGAAGCCAGAGUCAAAGUAGCCCCAGUGUUAGUCCAAGCAGAAGUCAUAGCCCUUCUGGAAGCCAGACCAGAAGCCACAGUAGUAGUGCCAGCUCAGCAGAAAGUCAGGACAGCAAAAAGAAGAAGAAAAAGAAGGAAAAGAAAAAGCACAAGAAACAUAAAAAGCAUAAGAAGCAUAAGAAACAUGCAGGCACUGAAGUAGAAUUGGAAAAAAGCCAAAAACACAAACACAAGAAAAAAAAGUCAAAGAAGAACAAAGAUAAAGAAAAGGAGAAGGAGAAAGAUGACCAAAAAGUGAAAUCUGUCACUGUGUAAAAGGACAGAUUUUAAAAAUUGACUUAAUUACUAAGUCAUCUGUAUUAAAUUUUGUUAUAAUGUAAAGAGAUUCAAGCCUUGUAAAUAAUGACAUGGAAGACCCUGUGCUGCACUUAAAAUAUUGCUGCUUGAUUAUUUGAUUUUUACAUCAGAGCUUUAUAACACGAACUUUUGUACAGAAUUGUGAGUUGUGACCAUGUAAUAUGAGAGGUUUUGCUAGGGCCUAUUAUUUUUAACUACCAUUAAUUAGUUGGGGUGGAGUUUACUGUACUGUGAAAUUUUCACAUUUGAAUUUUUUUAAUUGCCUGGCAAAAGCUGAUAUCAGUUCUAAAAUAUCAGCAGAAUGAUUUGCUGAAUUCAUUACAAUCCCGUUAAUGUCACUUUUUGAUUACAAUAAAAGUUUUCAGUAAACUUUUCAAA